UGUUUUUUUUUUCUUGUUGCAUACCAGUCGAUCAUCAUUACUAGUUUUUGGUAAAAUGGCAGAAGCAGUACCAUUUGGUGUAGCUACAGAGAUACUCUACAAACUGGGUUCCUCUCUUUUCCAAGAAAUCGGCUCCUUUUAUGGCGUAAAACAAGAUUUACAUAAGCUUGAAAACACACUCUCCACCAUUAAAGCUGCUCUUCUUGAUGCUGAGGAGAGACAAGAGCGUAGCCACCUGGUUCAAGACUGGAUCCGUAAGCUUAAAGAUGCUGUCUUUGAUGCUGAUGACCUACUGGAUUCUGCAGCCACCAGAGUUUCACAGUCUCCGGUUAGUGACCUUCUCUUAUCCCCAAAUUUAGUUGCUUUUCGAUUCAAAAUGGGCCGAAAAAUUAAGGAGAUUAGGAGAAGAUUAGAUGGAAUUGCAGAUGAUAUGGCAAAGUUCAAUUUUAGGGAUAGGGAUUUGCAGUUUGGGAAUAGGGAAAGAGAGCAAACUCAAACUCAGACUCACUCUUUUGUGUUGAAUUCAGAAGUUAUUGGUAGAAAUGAGAGUAAAGAGGAGAUUGUAGGAUUGUUAGUGCAAGAAAAUUGUUCUAAUUCUAUAAUUUCUGUUGUUGGUAUUGGUGGUUUAGGUAAAACCACUCUUGCUCAGUUUGUUUAUAAUGAUGAAACAGUGGUUAGUUUUUUUGAAAAGAGGAUUUGGGUGUGUGUUACUCAAGAUUUUGAUGUGGAGAUGGUUGUUCGGAAGAUUUUAGCUUCGAUAACAAUGUCGGAAUUGGGUAGUUGGGAUAUGGAUCAGCUGCAACUCCGUCUUCGAGAAAAUUUGAACGAUAAGCUUUACCUUAUUGUUCUUGAUGAUAUGUGGAAUGAGAAUCUUGAGAAGUGGAUGCGUUUGAAGAAUUUAUUAGUUGGUGGUGCUAAUGGAAGUAAGAUUCUUGUGACUACUCGCAGUAGGAAAGUUGCAUCUGUUAUGGGUGCGGAGUUCACCUUUUUGUUGAAAGGUCUCACGGAGGAAGAAUCUUGGAUAUUGUUCAAGAAAAUUGCUUUUCGAGGAAGAGAGGGGAAUGUUGAUGAAAACCUCGAAGGAAUUGGCAAAAGAUUGCUUGAUAGAUGCAAAGGUGUUCCUCUAGCUAUAAGAACUUUGGGGAGUGUAAUGCAGUUCAAAAGAGAGGAAAGUGAUUGGUUGGCUAUAGAAAAUAGUGAAAUUUGGAAGCUAUCUCAAGAGUCCAGUGAUAUUUUACCAGCAUUGAAGAUGAGCUAUGAUCAAUUACCAAUUAAUUUGCGUCAAUGUUUCGCGUAUUGUUCGAUAUUCCCCAAAGGCUGCAUAAUAUGUAAAGAUCAAUUGAUCCAGUUGUGGAUGGCGCAAGGUUACAUUACAUCUUCAAGUGGAAAUCAUAAUUUAGAGGAAAUAGGUGAUCAGUAUUUCAAUGAUUUUCUGUUGAGGUCAUUUUUUCAAGAGGCUGAAAAGGAUGUUUUUGAUAACAUUAUUAGUUGCAAAAUGCAUGAUCUGAUUCAUGAUCUCGCGCAAACAGUUGCUGGUACUGAUUGCUCACUCUUAGGAAUUGAUGCUGAAACUUUUUCUAAAAGAUUGCGGCAUUUGUCAUUUGGACGGUCUCUCUAUUAUACAUGGGAAGUUCCAAGGCACUUACAGCAGGUAAAGGGUUUACGGACCUUUCUCCUGCCCGUUAACGAUCGCUGCAUAAAUGAAUCGAAUCAAGCUGCCAUCAUUUCAAAUUUCAGAAGACUGCGCGUUUUAGACAUGCACUGUUUAGGUAUCGAAAAUUUGCCAUGCUCGAUUGGUAAGUUGCAGCACUUGAGGUAUCUCGACAUAUCCGUUAAUAAUCUUAUAGAAACUCUUCCGGAUUCUGUUUGCAAUUUGCAUUACUUGCAAACUCUACUGCUCUCUCGUUGCGAAAGACUUGUGGAGCUUCCUCGAGCCAUUCGAAAAUUGAUCAAUCUCAGACACCUUGUGAUCAUCAAAUGCCCUAGAUUGCAUCAUAUGCCACCUGGACUGGGAGAGUUGACAUUUCUUCGGACAUUAUCGAGGUUCAUAGUGCCGCGUGAUGAAAUAGCAGGGCCAAGCAGAGCUCAGAUUAAUGAACUUAAUGGGUUGAAUCUUCUCAGGAAUGGAAUAUGGCUUAAGAACCUCGAAUGCGCUGUUGUAUCAGAAUCAAAGGAAGCCAACUUGAAGGGAAAAAUAUACCUUCAGUUCCUGGGACUCCAUUGGAACCCAUCAAAGACUGAUAAUAGUACUGAUGAAUCAGUGCUGGAGAAUCUCCAACCUCAUCCGAAUCUGAAACACCUGUGGUUGGAAGGAUACGCUGGCGUAAAAAUCUCUAGUUGGCUUGCCUCGCUUAGAAAUAUUGUCAGAAUCACGAUACGGGAUUGUCCUAAUUGCAAGUAUCUCCCAGCAUUGGAGCAUCUCCCAUUUCUCAAGUUUCUUCAACUUCAUAAAUUAGCAGCUCUGGAAUAUGUAGAAUAUGGGAUCACUACAGCUACUUCUUCAUCAGCUCCGACGAAAGCAUUCUUCCCAUCAUUACAGGAGCUCUGGCUUUAUGGAUUGCCUAAUUUCAAGGGUUGGCAGAGCAAGAAUCUGUUUAAUGAGACUGAUUCAAGUGAAGCAUCAUUAUCAGUUGGCCAUGAUCAAUAUCUACAACGCUUCUUUCCGUUUCUUACUCAAUUGACCAUUGAAAGGUGUUCUAAGCUAAAUUCGAUGCUGUUUUUUCCUCAUCUAGAGUCACUUCAUCUUAUUAAUUCCAGUAUUAUGGUAGCAGAAGCAUCACUGUUCUCUGAAUUGCCUCACUCCCUCUCCCCGUUUUCGACAAUACAGUUUCUCUGUAUCGAUAAAUGUGAAGAUCUUCUGUGCUUGCCAGAACGAGGAUUGCAGAAUCUGACUUCUCUGAAAACAUUACAACUCAAAAACUGCCCAAGAUUAACAUUUCUUUCUCCAGGAAUCAAUUGUCUCACUCAACUUUCAAGUCUGGAGAUAAUUAAUUGCAGCAUGCUAGAUUUGUUUGAUGAUGAGUUAAUUCAAUGGCAAGAACUUAAGAGCAUGUGUCGUUUGGUUUUUGAUUUUCUUCCGCGAUUGUUUUACCUGCCCGAUGGACUUCAGAAUGUUACUUCUCUGCAAGAACUCCGGAUUUCAAAUUGCUACAAUCUAGUAGCUUUGCCAGAGUGGCUGAUGAACUUCUCGUCGCUUCAGGAGGUUCAGAUUUCGGAUUGCACUAGUUUAAAGCCACUUCCAGAAGAAAUGAGCAAGUUUGUAACUUUAAAGAAACUGAAGAUUCCCAGUGGUCCCAGAGCAUCUCUGGUACAUGGCAAUUGUCAAAAGAAUACAGGCAAAGAUUUGCCUAGGAUUGUUUGCAUCAGUGAAUCCAAUGAAGAGCAGCAGAACAUUAACAAUCUUUAGUCUAC